AUGAGCGACGACGAGACGCUGGCCGACGUGCGGAUCGUUCUGAUCGGCGACGAAGGAUGCGGAAAGACGUCGCUGGUGAUGAGUCUUCUCGAGGAUGAAUGGGUUGAUGCAGUUCCCCGGAGAUUAGACAGAGUGCUCAUACCAGCGGAUGUCACCCCGGAAAACGUCACCACGAGUAUCGUGGACUUAUCGAUUAAGGAAGAAGAUGAAAAUUGGAUUGUGUCGGAAAUCCGCCAGGCGAAUGUCAUUUGAGUGGUCUACUCGCUCGGUUACAGACGAGUCCACUGUUGAUGGAAUUCAAACAAAGUGGCUACCGCUGAUUCACCAGCCCUUCGGAGACUACCACGAGACUCCGGUCAUUUUGGUUGGCAACAAAGUUGGAAAUGGGUUUGGAGAGGUUAGAGCUGAAAAUACACUAAAAAAUUAAAAAGUUUCCGAUUUCUGCGAAACGCGCAUGCGGAAAAUGUAGUUCAAACUAUCCGUUUCUGGCAAAAUUUGCUUUAAAAAUUGGAAGUUUAUAGGAAAAGUUCUUACUUCAUCAAGAAUUUAGAGAUUUUCUGAAAUUUGCCGAAAGAUUCGUAUUUUUUCUGUU